AUGAAUCCCUCACAGGGCACCGACGCCCCCUCGUCGGCCAUCUCGACCUCGAAUCCCUCAACAACGCCAAGCACCCGCUCACGCCCUCCCCUUUCUCUUGCCUUCGCCUCGUCCAGUCGUGCGCCUACACCGACAGCAAGCGACGAGCUCCCUCCUCAGUCUCCCGCAGUCGUCCUCAGCCCUUCGACACCGGACUUUCCGACUGUUGGUCUCCCUGCUGAGCCGACAGAACUCGUGCCGGCGCAGGUUUUGCCUCCUGGACGGAUGAACGGAAUUGAGGAAAUGCUAGGCGAGACCGGCGAGACGGACGAUGUUGUCGAGGAGCUGGACUACGUAGGCGAGAUAAGACGGGAGCAGAAGGGCAGGGUUGACACAGCGUUGCGGGACUCGCUGGCACUGCUCGACUCGAGCAUGGCCGAGAUCGAGUCGUUCGGGUUUAGUGGAGUUGGACGAGCUGUAAGCGAGGAGGACAAGACGGUCCGGCUGCCUGUCAUCACGACGAAUCGCUUGACGGCAGACGCGUCGAUGAACUCGCUCGCGUCCAUCUCGACGAACGCCUCAUCCGAGGACGCCUUCGACAUUGCCGAGUUCCCCUCGAUUGGCGAUAUCAACUCGUCUUUCGACCUUGCCGACCUUGCCGACAACCAGCGAAAGCGCUCAAGCGACCUCAUGGCGUUCCCCUUCCCUCCGGCGCUCUCGCAGCAGCAGUCCAGCUACGACGAGGCCAACACUUCGGACGAGCUGAUGUUCCAGCGCCUCGCUCAGCUCGGUCAGCGCGGCAGCAUUCAGGGCCUCGGCUUGUUUUCGAGCGCCGGAACCGACAACUUCGUCUCACCCGUCCUCUCGCAGCAAAGCUCGCGCUCUCGCUCGUCCACCAUCUCCGACUCGUCCACCAUUUCCAGCAAGUCGUUCGACGCAUCCUCGUCGACUCUUGCCAGCUCGGCCGCCAACACGUCGUACGGCAUGCACGACAAGGGAGCCGAGUCGCACGAGGCUUUCCCCGCCGAGUUGACCAGCACGAUCCCUUGGUUCGCCCAAUCGCCUCCGAAUACCAUCUCCCGCUCCCUCCCCGCCCCGAUCGACCCUCUCCUCGCCAACAUGGGCUCCGCUCACCCCGCUCUCGCCUCACCCUUUGCGCCAAGCGCCUCGCCAACGACUCGGUAUGCGACGCGCUCGUCGUCUCUCCCGCAUGGCAAAUCGCCCGUCACCUCGCGCGCGCCAAGUCGACUCGACUCGCUGUCCGUUGAGAACCUCACCGCAGCGCUUGACGAAACGGGAACGGCGGAAUGGGCGCCAUCCUCGUCGCAGGUCGUGAUGACUGCUGAGGAGUUCGUCCAGUCGCCUGUCGACGAGAUGGAGGUCCUCAAGGACGAGUUGCCCGAGCCGCCAAUGUCUGCGCCCAUCGUCCGGUCAACCACCCCUGCUUCGCCCUCGACUACCGGCUUCAAGACCCUCAAGCGGUUCUCGUCGCUCGGCCUGCUGCGAAAGAAGAAGAGCGAAGCCGUCUUGCGCGACUCGACUGCGACCAACACGAACGGCGCAUCGGCGAAGCAGGAGUCGGGACCCAGGCUCGUCAAGCGCAAGAGCGAGGCGGCGCUCGCGUCGCUUCUUCGCUCGCGGAUUGGUGGCGAGAAGGACAAGGAGAACGUCCCUGCGAUGCCGACGAUCUCUCGACCGGUUCUUCAGCCCACGCAGGCGCAGAACGCCAAGCUGCCGAAGCGCUCUGCGUCCUCGCCUCGGCUGUCGAAGCUGUUCGGCGCAUCGACGACCGACAACUCGGCGCCGGCUGUCCCUGCGAAGGACGAGGGCACCUCGCGGCUCAAGAAGCGCCUCUCGACCUAUUUCAACCAGCCGCGCGGCGGACCCGGUCAUCCGCCCGUGCCCGUCGCGAAGAGCUCGACGCCGACCAAGUCUCGCCCGCCUGCGGUUGACGUCGCGAAGGCGAAUGCCGGCCUUGGUCUCGCACGGCUCGCGACGAUUGAGUCGGCCCAAGCAUCGCCCGUUCCGACUCUCGAGCCAAGCACGCCGUCGUCGGUCCCGCCGUCGUCCAUCUUUUCCGAAGCGCUUCCACCCAGCACAUCCUCGCCGCUCUACUCCUCCUUCGCCGCCUCGUCCGUCUCCUCCCUGCCGACUGCGUCUCGCUAUGUGCUCGACAAGCCCCUCCCACAACCGAUGCCGACGUCCUGCUUCUCGGCUCCCCCGACGCAGACGCAGUUCCCGUUCCUCGUUCCGCCUUCACCUGCCAGUUCGGCUCACUCGUCAGCAGAGACCGCCGACCGACCUGUCUCGCUAAUGGGCUUCAUCGACGUCCCCCUUCGCUCAACGUCCAUCUUCCCGCCGACGAAGCUGGCGCGGGAACGGCUCGUGGCGCCGGCCGACUCGCGCUCGACCCGUUCGACGUCUCCUGGCGGAGCCGACUCUCGACCGACCUCGCCUAGCAUCGCCGACGUUCUGAAUGCGCAGCCGCUCUCGCACCAACAACUGAUGGCGCCGAUCGCUCCGGAGGAGAUCAUCGCCUUCCCCGUCCACCUCUCCGCCCCGCAUGCUGCAACCACCAGCCCGUCGACGGGCUCAGAGAUGAGUGACGACGACUACGGGUCUGAUUCGGUCACCAGCGACGAGGAUGAUGACCAGCCACUUGGCGCAAAUCCUGCCGCUCUGACUGCGCAGAAGAGCCUAAGGCUUACGGCGGCCAAGAAGAGUCGGGGUGAACGGAAGGCGCGAGAGGCGAAGGAACUUGAGGCGAAGCAGCAGGCCAGGCAGGCGACGGCGCUGCUCAAGGCUGCUGCGAAGCCGGAGGAUCCGUUCGAGCUGGAGAAGACGGCCGCGAUGGUUGCUUCGCAGAAAAAUCGACCGACCGCGGCGACGCAGCCCCUGCAGAUGCGCCCGUCACUCUCGCCUGUUCACUCGGGCUCGUCGGUUGCGACGCUCCAGUCGGCCGGCCACGACUCGCUGCUCCCGCAGACCGACGCUUCGAUCCUCCGCAAGGCCGGCUCCUUUGGCAUGACGCGCUCACCCUCGUCGCCACUUGACCCUAUGGUGGCCGAUUCCUCGCUCACCAUCGACUCGCCCGAACUCGUCCAACAACCGCUUCCUAGGCCCAAGCGGUCGGACUCGCGGCUCGCGACUGCACGGCAGCGGUCAAAGUCGCCAGCAACGACGCAGAGCCCGGCGAUGCCUGCCAUCGAGACGCUCGCUGUCACCGCGCCGCCUCUUCGCUCUCCAACCCUCGUCAGCCCUUCGCCCGUUCCUUCGUUCCGUCCGCCUCCCGUUCCUUCGACUUCUGCCCUUCCCUCGUCUACUUCGGCCUUCGACCGCCGACCAAGCGUCCAUCGCAAGGCCUCCGACUCGCCCUCGUCGUCGCCAGCGGGCACGCCUGUCCUCGGUCGGCGGCCUAGUCUUCAUCCUGACUCGCAAGUCCCGACGAUGAAGCGCAAAGUCAGCGAGUCGUCCACGACGUCCGCUUCGCCUGCGCUCUCCCGAGCGUCGACGCUGGCUGGCCGAUCACGGUCAGCGACGGUCUCGUCGGCGCCGCCUGUCGAGCACCGCAUCUACCUCGACGCGUCUUUCGCCAAGUAUCUCAAGGUUGCCAUCUCGGACAAGACGCUCGCUGGAGAGGUGGUGUCGCUCGGCAAGGCCAAAGGUGCGCUCAGCAAGACGACGGCGACCGAUGCGAGCGAGGGAGGCUGGGCGCUGUGGGAAAGCUGGCGCUCGACUGGCCUUGAACGGCCGAUUCGGGAGUACGAACUCGUCAGCGACGUUCUCAAGUCGUGGGAUCAGGAGUCGAACGCCCUCCUCUUCCGCCGAACGACCAUGUGGCCCGUCUUGUCCGCACAUGCUCGCAUCCACCCGCCGGUGCCGAAGUCUGGCCAGAUCCAGCUCGAGGUCAAGAAGGGCAAGUGGUCGAAGCGGACGCUCGAGCUCAAGGACGGGACGAUCACCUACUCAAAGUCGGAGAAGGGCAAGGACUCGACCAUUCUCUGCCAGCUCGCGAGCUUCAACGUCUUCCUUGUGUCCUCGCAAGCGGCCGAGCGACUGAAGGCACCGAAGCCCUACGUCUUUGCGCUCAAGUCGCGGUUGACUCGCGCGCACUUCGAGGAAGCGUCCGAAUGGUGCCACUUCCUCUCGACGAAGACGCCGGAAGAGGCGGCAAGCUGGGUCAAGACGAUCCUCGAGGCGGGAAACACGUUUGCCCGCCAGCGUGAGCAAGCCGUCCUUGGCACAGUCUCCGGCAUUUCCACAUCUUCUUCGCCUUCCUCGUCCGCUCCUCUUCUAGCCAACGCCGUCCCGAGCUCCUCACCACCUCUAUCUGCCAGUGCAAACUCUCAAGGCGGCGCGCUCUCCCGCAACCCGUCUUCCCGCCCAGCCCCGCCGAUUCUCUCGCAACGUUCCAACACACUCCCCAUUCCCUCUGCCGACCCCUCGCUUGCGCAGCAAGCGCUCCAGCGGAACAAGUCGGUCGUCAAGCCGGACUCGCGCAAGUGGGCGAACAUGGCUGACGACGAGCGGCAGGAAUGGCUGAAGACGACGGAGAAGGCGGCGAAGCAGACCAAGACGCCGCUCGUCGACUUGUCGCGGUAG